AUGCACGACCCCAGAGCCUACACAGUAGGCUGGAUCUGCGCGAUAGGCACGGAGCGCGUCGCUGCACAGGCCUUUCUAGACGAGAAGCAUGAAGGCCCGGAUCAAGUUUCUCCCCAUGACGGCAACGACUACACCUUGGGCAAGAUCGGUGAGCAUCACGUCGUUAUCGCCGUUUUGCCCAGUGGAGAGUACGGCGUAACCUGUGCGGCAGUCGUCGCACGGGAUAUGCUACACAGCUUCCCGAACGUCCGACUCGGGCUGAUGGUUGGUAUUGGCGGUGGUGCGCCUAGCUCCGAGCACGACAUUCGUCUGGGAGACAUCGUGGUCAGUGCCCCCUGUGACGAGCACGGCGGCGUGUUCCAGUAUGACUUCGGCGAGACCGUACAGGGCCAGCGGUUUCGGACAACUGGUUUCUUGAGCCCGCCGCCGGUGGCGUUACGGACGGCGGUAAGUGGUCUUCGGAGCCAGUACCAGAUCGCCGGGCAUGCGAUCGAAGCGACCAUCGACGCAGCCCUGGAGAGACACCCAAGGCUACGCAACAAAUACAUGCGGCCACCUCCGGACAGCGACCGGCUAUAUCACAGUUGUCAUGUUCAUCCUUCGAAUAAUGACUCGGAUUGUGCCGUCGUCUGUGGGGAUGGACCAUCGCAUAUGGUUGCGCGACCCCCACGGUUGGAGCACGAGGAUAACCCCGUCGUCCAUUACGGGCUGAUUGCCUCAGCAAACCAACUGAUGAAGGAUGCUUGGAUGCGGGACAGGCUUGCCGUGGAGAAGGACGUGCUGUGCUUUGAGAUGGAAGCAGCAGGGCUCGUGAACCAUUUUCCGUGUCUGGUCAUCCGCGGGAUAUGCGACUAUUCUGAUUCGCACAAGAAUAAGAAAUGGCAAGGAUAUGCCGCCAUGACGGCGGCAGCAUACGCAAAAGAUCUUCUGCGUUGGGUCCUACUAGACAAAGCUGAGGGUGAGAUGCUACCCAUUGAAACGUGGUACUGA